AUGGGUUGCAUUAACUCGAAGAAUGUGGUUACCAGAGCUCGUUCUCCGUCGCCGGUGAAAGGUGACCUUGCCGUUUCUCUUACUGCUUCCUCCAAGGGGUUUGUGGGUUCUGAACAUAGAACAGGGACAGGGGAUGAUAGGAACAUUAAGUUGAAGAAGAAUGGUUCUAAAAAGAGUAAUGGGUCUUUAAGCUUCAGAAUUGGGGUGCCCCAUAGGUAUCUGGAGGCUGAACAGAAUGCUGCUGGUUGGCCUCCUUGGCUCACUGCUGCUGCUGCUGAAGCCGUUCAAGGAUGGGUCCCACUCAAAGCUGAUUCUUUUCAGAAGUUAGAAAAGAUUGGACAAGGUACAUACAGCAGUGUGUUCCGAGCACGUGAAGUUGAAACAGGGAAGAUAUUUGCAUUGAAGAAGGUGCGUUUUGACAAUUUCCAACCUGAGAGCAUCAGGUUCAUGGCAAGAGAAAUAACAAUCUUACGUAGGCUUGAUCAUCCAAACAUCAUGAAAUUGGAAGGGAUAAUCACUUCUCGCCUCUCAAAUAGCAUAUAUCUUGUGUUUGAAUACAUGGAGCAUGAUCUUGCUGGCCUAGUGUCACGUCCUGAUAUUGUGUUCUCUGAAUCACAGAUAAAAUGUUACAUGAGGCAGCUAUUAAGUGGACUUGAGCAUUGUCAUGUCCGUGGCAUUAUGCAUCGUGACAUCAAAGUAUCAAAUAUCUUACUGAACAAUGAAGGUAUUCUCAAGAUAGGAGAUUUUGGAUUAGCAAAUACAAUUAGCACAAAUAACAAGCAUCCUUUGACAAGUCGUGUUGUGACUCUGUGGUAUCGUCCUCCUGAGCUCUUGAUGGGAUCAACCAACUAUGGAGUAUCAGUGGAUCUGUGGAGUGUAGGGUGUGUAUUUGCAGAGCUUUUUCUUGGGAAGCCUGUCCUUAAGGGGAGAACUGAGGUUGAACAAUUACACAAAAUUUUUAAGCUGUGUGGUUCUCCACCUGAUGAGUUCUGGAAAAAGAGUAAACUUCCUCAUGCAACAAUGUUUAAGCCUCAAGCUAAUUAUGAAAGCUCUCUUCGAGAGAAGUGUAUAGAUUUUCCUGCUACUGCUGUAAAUCUACUUGAAACUAUACUGUCCAUUGACCCAAACAACCGAGGGACGGCCUCCUCUGCUCUAAUGUCCGAGUAUUUCAGCUCCAAGCCAUAUGCUUGUAAUCCAUCAACCCUGCCAAAGUAUCCUCCUAGCAAAGAAAUGGAUGUCAAAAAUAUGGAAGAUUCAGCCAGGAAAAAGACUGGAGGUAAAAUGAGAGAGGCUGCAACAUCAAGAAGGCAACAAAGAAGAGUAAGUAAAGUUUUGCAAGAGCCAAACAAUUUCGGCAAAUAUACUUCAAAAGAGAACAUUUCUCAAAAUGUUAGUAGAGAUGAUGUUAAAGCACAUCUUACAAAGGGCAAAGGAGGAGCUAUUCACAAAGAGCAAACAAAGCCUUCAUUGGAUGCUAUGUCAGAGGUUUCCCAAUUGGUGACUGUUGCUGAUGGUAAUGGCUAUAGUGUACCAAUACAAGUCAUCCCAGGAUCUAAUGAUGCCUUUACAUGGACCAAAAGGAGAAAACAAGAUGCAUCAUCCACACUAUCAGAUGGAUCAAAAAGCAAAAUUAGUGCACUGGAUCCAAACUUUGCAAGAGGCACAUAUGACUUAACCAAACAAAGGGUAACCAUGGACUUUGAUCCUGCAGAACUGAUAAUUACUCAGGGCAAAAGAGAAGAACAAGGUGCAUAUUGGAAUGAAAAUGGCAUGCGGCGUGCUGUUCGUAAAUCAAGAUUUGGAAGAGGUAAAUGA